AUGUCGCUGUUUGCUGCUGUUCCCCUGGCGCCCCCAGACCCCAUUCUAGGCCUUGCCCAGGCCUUCAAAGAAGACAAAAACCCUAAAAAGGUGGACUUGGGAGUUGGGGCCUACAGGACUGAAGAUGGAAAACCCUACGUCUUCAAGGCUGUGCGCAUGGCGGAGGAGCAGAUCAUGAGUGACCCCACAAUCAACAAGGAGUUUGGCGAAGAUCUUGCUGCUGCAGCAGCAGGAAGAAUUGUUUCUCUCCAAACCCUUUCCGGGACAGGAGCUUUGCGGCUCGCGGGAGAAUUCAUUCGCCACUUCGUGCCGUCUGCUCGCGUUACGAGAGGCGUUGACUUUGAGGGCAUGAUGAAAACCCUUGAAGAGGCCCCUGAAAAUUCGGUUGUUGUUUUGCAUGUCUGCGCUCACAACCCCACUGGGAUGGACCUGAGCCAUGACCAGUGGUCACGGCUGGCUGGCGUGUGCCGCUCGCGGCAGCUGCUGGCCGUGCUGGACUGCGCGUACCAGGGCUUUGGUUCUGGAGAGUUGGAAAAGGAUGUUUUUGGAGUUCGUUUGUUUUGCAAAAGUCUGAAAAUUCCCUUUUUCGUGGCCCAGUCCUUCGCAAAGAACUUGGGGCUUUACGGCGAACGCGCAGGCGCGCUGCAUGCAGUCUGCGGGGGGCCCCUCGAGGGGCCCCCCGUGCUGUCGCAGCUGAAGGCGUUGGCCCGGAGGGCCUACAGCAGCCCGCCGCUGCACGGGGCCCUCGUGCUGGCGAGGGUACUGGGGGGGGGCCCCCUGCGGACUCAGUGGGAAAAAGAACUCAGUGCCAUUUCCCAAAGAAUCAAGAACAUGAGGCAGCUCCUCAGGGCCAAACUUGAAGGCAAACAAACCCCCGGAAACUGGAACCAUAUCACCCAACAAGUCGGCAUGUUCUCCUUCACAGGACUCACCCCUGAGCAGUGCGAACUUUUAACAAGCAAGUGGCACAUUUACCUUUUGAAGAAUGGCCGCAUCAGCAUGGCGGGCGUCAACCACAGCAACGUAGACUACAUCGUGACGGCCAUAGAUGAUGUCAUAAGAGCAGCACCAGCUCCUUAA